AUGAAUCGUAGAGGUUCCUUCAGUACAAAUCUGAACAAGACCUCAAUAUAAAACAAUUUGCUUAAAGAACAGUCAUCAAUAUUAAGUGAUGGUUUACCUAAGAAAAGUAUUAAGAGAAAUGUAGUCAUACCACCCAGAUAAACCACUACCCCUAAUUCAGAAGCAAUGUCUCCUUAAAGAACUGAUUCUGAUUAGUUAUUUAAAUUUCUAAGCAAAGAUAGCAGAUUACUUCAAACUUUGGGACUAAAAAGGAAAAAUAUACAAAAUAGAAAUCAUAGUUAGAGCCCAGGUCAUCUAUUAAAAAUGUAUGAUAUUAUCUCAGAUGAAGAGAAUGAUAUGCUCUGCAAUGAAGAUGAGAGUGAUGUCGAAAGAGAUUAAUAUUCAAAAAAUCUUAUUCGAAGUGCUCUCGGUAGCUAAUAUAAUUCAAGUGAAUCAGAGGAAGAUGACAAGAAAAUAAAACUUACAAAAUUUGACAGUAUUGUUAAUAGUGUGAUCAGCUUAAAACUUGAAAAAUAAAGAAAGACAACAUCUGUUAUCAGAGCAGCUCCACAUCAUGAUAAAAUGCUUGAAGAAUAAGAUUCAUCUUUCUAAUCUGAAAACAUAAGCAGCAAUGAUUCUAGCAGUGACAGCGAUUUUUAAGCCCCUGAAAGUGUAUUUGUGCAUAUUGAAAACAAACUAGGCCUUUACAAGAAAAAAGUUAAGUAAUAGGAAGAUAAAGCAUCUAGUAAAAUUAGCUUAGCUGUCUAGAACCACACUUUCUUUCAGCAUAGAAAAUUCAGUCAUCUAAAGUUUAGCAUUGAAGAGUCUAAUGAUGGAAGCUCUGAAAAUGGAUCGAUGAAAAAGAAAAAUAACAAAAUUUAUCUAUCGUCCGAUUCAAGCAGCAGUCAUAGCUCAAAUAUGAAUCUCAAUCAGCUAGUAUAAAAACAUAUGCUAACUGGAAAUAUGCAAGAUGAGCUUGGAGAACUAGAUAUUGAUUAAGAGCUUCUUGGAGAUGCAAGCUAGAAUCUAUUUAGCAGUCCAAAUCAACAUCCACAAUUUAAUCAAGAAUACUUUGGCAUGGGCUAAUCAAGUAUUGCCAAAGCUCUCAAUAAUUCUGAGUCUACAUUGAGCCAGGAUAUUGAGAGUUUUGUUAUGAGAAAUAAAUCUCAGCAAUUCGAUGUAUAAAAUCCCAGAAACUCACUUCUCAAGAUAUUUCAAAAUUCUACUAGCAAGGAACGAAAUCAGAAUUAAAACAUUUAGAACAGCAGAACAGAUAAUGUUUCUAUUGAAUAAUUUUCCAAGAACUUAAGAUAGCAAGAUAAAUAUCAAGCAAAUCUAGAUCCUGGUAUGAGUGAUUACCUUAGAAGAUUCAGUUCAGGGGUUAUUAGUUCGAUUCAUUCAAGGGGCUCUGUACAUAUUGUUUAACAAACUCAUGUCAAGAAGCAAUAAAGAAAAGUUGCUGAAUUCUUAAAGAAAAAGAAGUAACAUAGACUCAUUAAAAAAGGGGAAAUAAAAAGGAUAAGUAAACAGACGGUUUAGCUAAAAAGAGAGGAUGCAUUCAAGAGUAUUUAAUAUAAUGACUUUAUUGGCAUGGAAUCAUAUGUGAAAUAAAACCUGUUAGAUCUUAAUAUUUUUGAUCCUCAUGGAAAUAGCUUACUAAGUGUAGCAGUAUAAUAAGGUAAUGCAGAUAUUUGUGAUUUACUUAUCAAAAACGGAGUUUAUUUAAAUACUUAAAAUGUAAAUUUCCUUCAAUAAUCUUAGAUUUAUUUAGGAAGAUGGCAAUACUCCGUUGCAUUAUGCUAUUGGAUAUGGAUUUUAGAAAAUAAUUUAGCUUUUAAUUGA